UAGCGCCUCCAUGUGGUCGCUACGCUACAUAACAUGUAGCCACUUCCUGUAUAGCUGAAGGGUGGGACAAGCGGAAGCAGGGCUCAACGGUGCUAAUAUUUUUCUCUCGCUGAGCAGUUGGACUGAUAUCACUCAACAUGCCGGCGUAUCACUCAAGCCUGAUGGUCCCCGAUACCAGGAUGGUGGGGAAUAUGGCUUUGCUUCCCCUCAAAACCCAGUUCAAGGGACCAGCAAGAGGAGACGGCAUAGAGUCAGACAUCAUCGAUGAGGCCAUCUACUACUUCAAGGCCAAUGUUUUCUUUAAGAACUAUGAGAUCAAGAAUGAGGCGGACAGGACACUGAUCUAUGUCACACUCUACAUUUCUGAAUGCCUAAAGAGGCUACAGAAGUGCAGCUCCAGGAGCCAGGGAGAGAAGGAAAUGUAUACUCUUGGCAUCACUAACUUUCCCAUUCCUGGAGAACCUGGCUUCCCUCUCAACGCUAUGUAUCUUAAACCAACAAACAAGCAGGAGGAAGAGACUAUGAGGGCAUACCUCCAGCAAAUCCGCCAGGAGACCGGCUUGAGGCUAUGUGACCGCGUUUUUGACCCCCAGACUGACAAACCCAGCAAGUGGUGGGUGUGCUUUGUCAAGAGACAGUUCAUGAACAAAAGUCUGUCAGCUCCUGGACAGUGAAGGACUCAGGACCCACAGGUUCUAUUCUACACCUCCAAGAUGGAUGGAUUUUUCUUUAGGUGGGGUGGGAGGGGUAUGGCUUUUGUGUUGCUAAGAUAAUUUUAUACUAUUUCAGUUUAAGGAUAUGUCUUCACUUGUCAGGAUGUUGAUCAUAUUGAGCUGGUGCUUAAUUCAAUAAAGCAAUCAUGGAGACUGGAAAA